AUGGACAACAUCACAAAGGAUGUUCUCAGUCAUUACCUGGAGAAUUUGGUGACUCCUGUUCGAAACGGCAUUUGUGACUCUUCACCUGUCGUCAGAUCAGCAGCUGCUGACACUUUCUCGGUUCUUUACCAGGUUCGUGAGUGA